UUUAAGAUGGUUGUUUCUUAAGUCUUGGCACAGCUUUCUCUUACUGCCAUCUACUGGUAGACAAUGAUACGGUACGAGGGUGAUAGAGAAUUCCACGUGAUAAUACGCUUCUAUGAUCUCAAUUUAACUACACUGCAUCGGCGAAUCCCAUUCAAACCAAGAUGCAGAAUACAAAUAUGUUAACGAUUACAUUUUGUGGCCACAAUGACAUGUAACAAAAUGUAGCCUACAGAUGGCCUACUUUCUCUCAGAUUAUAUAACUGUUUUAAAUCAUAGAUGGUAGACUGUUAAAAAUACUUCAUAUGAUUCAAUGAAAUGAUAAAGUAGAAGUCUAUUCGCAGCAGCAACUCCCACACACCAGUUGCAUCCAUAACAGUUGGCGAGUCGGCUAAUAAGUGUUGACUACUAUGCCUUUAAGAGGAUGGACGAGCAGAGGGGAAAUUUAAUCGCUCCAUAACGGGCCAAAGGCUCAUCAAUUGACUGACGAGCAAGAAGGACGAUUUUCGGAUCUUUGCUGCAUCAAUUCGCUUCUUGCAGCGCCAAAAAGUUACUUUUUUCUUUGUUUUUACACGUGGGACUAUGUUGUUAAACUACCUGAGUUGAUUAGAUCACGUGUUGCACCUUUAAGAAACAGUCAUCGGGAUUACAAUUACGCGCUACCCACACCGUUAUCGAGGGCUUUUACGCAGCACCGAGUCCUGGGGAGUCCCUCGCAUCCGCUUCUGUCCUUUUCUUUCCGCACACCAGUUUACAUCGCAUAGCUGUUUAUUGGGGAUUCGGAGCAGUGAAGAACGGUAAAAUGGCUGAGGAGCAGGGAAAAACGGGGAAAGGGAUCAACACUGGGAAACUGGCCACCAACAUGCAGAAAAGACUUAGCAGGGCGCAAGAAAAGGUCCUUCAGAAGCUGGGUAAAGCUGAUGAGACCAGGGACACAGCGUUCGAGGAGGGCGUGGCUAACUUCAACAAGCAGAUGGCCGAGGGCACCAAACUGCAGAAAGACUUGAGGGCCUACCUGGCAGCAGUUCAAACCAUGCAUGAUGCGUCCAAGCGUCUGCAGGACUGUCUGGCGGAUAUGUACGAGCCAGAGUGGUUUGGCAAGGAGGAGGUGGAUACCAUCGCAGAGGAGACAGACAUCCUGUGGUCAGAUUACCACGACAAGCUUGUGGACAAUUCCAUGAUCGCCAUGGAUACCUAUCUGGCCCAGUUCCCUGACAUUAAGGCACGCAUCGCUAAGCGGGACAGGAAGAUGACCGACUACGACAGUGCGAGGCAUCACUUUGGCUCCCUACAGAAGGGCAAGAAGCAGGACCAGGCCAAGAUCGCCAAGGCAGAGGAGGAGUUAGGGAGAGCUCAGAAAGUAUUUGAGGAGAUCAACGUAGAUCUGCAGGAUGAGCUUCCACAGCUGUGGAACAGUCGUGUUGGCUUCUAUGUUAACACAUUCCAGAGUAUGGCUGGAUAUCAGCAGAGGUUCCACAAAGACAUGGGAAAGCUGAACCAGGACCUGAAUGAUGUCAUGACCAAACUGGAUGAGCAGAGGCUGGCCAAUGAGGCAGCCGCCGCCAACCACAGCGUUACCCCAGACGCUGCACCCAAGACGAGGCCGGCACCCCCUGGACCCGCCCCUGUACGCCCGCCCCCCAGCCCCAGACCCUCGUUGACUCCAGCUCCAGACACGCAACAGGACAUAAUCUCGUUCGAUGGCGAAGCACUGGUUCCCGACGCUAACACAACCGCACCGUCACAGGCAACCGCACCGUCACAGGCAACCACUCCGUCACAGCCGCAGACUGACACUGCUGUGGCGGCCGCUGCAGGGGCUGCAACCACUGCGGUGACCAAUGGGUCUUCUGAGGUGCUGCCGGCUGGAGUCAUUUACAAGGUCAAAGCCAUGCAUGACUACGCUGCCACCGAUGGAGACGAGCUGGAGAUGAAAGCAGGAGAUGUUGUGCUGGUCCUGGCCUGGGAGAAUCCUGAUGAGCAGGAUGACGGCUGGCUCAUGGGCGUGAAGGAAUCUCAUUGGCUGGAGAACAAAGACCUCUUGGCAAAAGGAGUCUUCCCUGAAAACUUUACCCAGAAGUUGUGAGCCGGACGUCCCAUCCAACCUGCACUCCCCCUUCCCCUCUCAUCCCUUUUCCGUCCUUUGGGACAUCUGCCAGGAUAGAAACAAACCAAAACCACAAUCUCAAUCCUUGACCCAUGUAUCAAAUGUGCUGGUAUAUUUUAGCAGAUUCGCACGAUUAUUGUUUUGACUUGUUACAUUUGACUACGUAAUGUAUGUGUUUUUGCUAAUGCUAAUGUGGUCAGUAAUGUAUUUAUGCUAAGCUAAUGUGGCCAGUAGAAACAAAGAGUAUGCUAGUUUCAAUGAAAAAGUAAUGGAUGUCAGACUGCUUGAACACCUUUUGACAUGUCAUGUAAAAAAAACAUUAAGAGUUGCAUGAUCAUUUUACUGUAGUCAUUGACUUUGUAACAACAUCACACUCCUAGACAGAGAUUGGGACUGCUCUGGUAUCAGUCCUUCAGUUCUGACUGUGAUGAGACGAAAAAUGUACUGGUACUGGAUCAGAACCUUGGGGCACACCACACCAGAUUAAAGCAAUGUGACCUGGGUCAUGUUCGGAAGGGUACUCUACAGCAAAACGUUUUGCAAUGGAAAAACUAAAAAUCUCUGUUCUUAUUGGACAUUUCAGGUAGUAUACCUCCACAUUUACCCUACUGGCUCUGUUGUCGUUAACUCUUAAGUCUAUACUUUGUCUGUAUCAAACUUUAAGUCACUAUUAUUCUAUUUUAAAAGACUCCGUAGCUGUUCUGAAACCAUGUGAUCUUAUAUCUGUGACCCGUUUAAUGUACCAUUUGCCCCUGAGAAGUGGGCUCCCUAGGCUGUUGCUCUGCUAAGAUUAAUGUUUUAUCUAUUGUACUGUCCCUCUCGCCACCUUUGUAUUGUACUGUCCCUCUCUCCUAAGCAGUAGUUGAAGGGAAAUAAAGGAAACCCAGCCUUUGCUCUCUCCCUUAGAGAGAAAUCUCUCAGAGAUUGGGUCAGUGGUCAGGAGUCAGGACACACAUCAGAAACAGGCUCCCUAGAUCUGUGUAUUUUUCUAUCAAUCCCUCUCCUGUGAAAGAGAUUCCUGGGACAUGUGUUAGGGAAUGGUGUGCAGAAGCCCUGCAGGGUUGCAACCAUAUACAUGGAAUCAAUAGAAAGGGCUUUGAAGUUGAAACCUCUAGCCCUGGCAAUUUGACUGGUAAACUCAUGUGUGCAAUGGCUGCCAGUCCACCCACUAUGCCAUCAUUGACUUGAAUGAGGAAGCCUGUUCUAUGGAUUCUAUUUCUAUGGUUGCGACAACUUUUGUGAAACACUGGAUAACUAAAGCAAGAGCAUAAUAUGCUCUCAACUCUGUGGUAUUGGUUUCAUUAGAACCUCAGGUUAUGGCCUGGCUCUGAGUGGAGUGAAGCCUGUCGAUAAUGGCUCAAUCAUAAAAUCUACACCUAGCUGUCUGUAUUAGAAUAUGUUGAUAAGGGCUAGAGGUGAGGGGUAAUUAACAAACAGCAUGUUCAGAAGAGUUUUAUAACUGUGGUUAAUGUUCUGAUCAAAAGUAAGGCAACUAUUUAUGGGUGUCAUACAAUUUCUAUGUAACAAUCCAUACAAGUAUUCAAAGAGCCCUGAAACAAAUCAUCUCAAUGUCCAUUGUGUCCUGCUGAAAACCAAAGUUAAACUCAGUCAAAUUAAGCCUAUGGGAUGUACUGUGUUCAAAUCCUAGAUGUAGCUGAAAAUCAACACCUGUGUGAACACACUGUGACUGUAUGUUAAAAAUAUCUCUCAGUGGAAAGUGAUCAAGCCUGUAACCGACAGUCUUCUUUACAACAUUAAAGAUGGGUUCAACACC